AUGGUUUACUGCCAAUACGUGGACCUGUACAUCCCCAACAUCGAUGUCGUGGGCGGCUUCACCAUCACUUCGCCGCCUCAAGCAUCUUCCCUAUCUCAAGAUGACCCACACAUAGAACUGGCGAUCCAGUGCUCUCCGUCAAACCCACCGGCAGCAUACCUCUGGCGACCCGCCCAGGAGAUCCUCGGCUCAACCGUGACGUUCCGCGUGGGCGGGAAUUUCGUGUAUCCGCCCCCGACGCUGGACCAAGAAGAAUGCCGGGCAUUGGACAGGGUGGUGUUCGUCGCGGGAGGCGUCGGGAUAAAUCCCAUCAUGAGCAUGAUCUCCGCGAUGCAUGUCUUGGGGGCGGACAAGCUGGGCGGCAUGACCAGGACCGUCAGAGUGCUUUACGCCGCGAGGCGAGAGAGGAAUGGCGAGACCGGCCUGGGAGAAGAGAUUCUGUUCGAGAAGAGACUGAAAGACAUAGCGGCGGAGUGGGAAAGCCACGCGCACGUCGACUUCAAAUACACACUCUUCGAGACCGGCGGGCACGGCGAUGCUGACGGAGUGACGCAAGACGACGUCGUACAAGGCAAUACGGCAACGCGCUAUAGGCGGUUCAGCCAUGACGAUCUCUUCGACGCCCUCGGGCCUGAAGGCAGCAGAGCCCACACGGCUGUGUAUGUGUGUGGCUUGCCCACCAUGACCGACGAAUUUGUGGCUUUGCUGCAGAAAGCGCCAGGGAUGGAGGACAGGAGAGUGCUUUGCGAGAAAUGGUGGUGA